AUGGAAGAAGAAACAUUCAUAGUGGAAGCCCUUUUCUCUAAUGAGAGGGAAGCUCAGGUUAUGGCUGCCAAGGAGCUUGGUAAACUGGCUAGCAAACUGAGACAAAAGUUAGCAGAGAAGGGGAUCAUUUCUCGCCUUGUUAUGAUGCUUCAUACUCAAGAUUGUGAAGCCAUGGAAGCAGCACUCCUUGCUCUGCUCAGUCUAGCUUUUCACAGUGAAAGAAACAAGGUCCGGAUUGCAAACUCAGGGGCUAUUCCAGCUUUACUAAACAUCAUAAUUCAGUUCCAAAACCAGUCAGAAGUGCUGAUUGACCUUUCAGUAGCAGCUCUGUUGAUUCUCUCUUCCUCUACACCCAACAAGCUGGCUAUUGCAUCAUCCGGUGCAAUCCAGCUUUUAAUUCAAUCCCUCAACUCACAAUUCUCAGAAAACGGCACCCAAUUUCUGAGCAUUCAGGCUCAGCUUGAUGUUCUGUCCACUUUCCACAAUCUCUCUACUUGUCCUCAAAUAAUCCCAUCCAUUGUUUCAUCUGGGAUGGUCUGUACUUUGCUUCAUUUAGUAUACAACUUGGAAAAAUCAUCCGGGCUGGCUGAGAAGGCAUUGGCAUUGCUGGAGAAGGUCGUGUUAUCGUCUGAGAUCGCGCUAAAUGAGGUUGCUGAGAAUGCUUCUGUAGUGAUUCAAUUGCUGGUGGAGGCCAUUGAAGAAGGGAGGCUAAAUUGUAAAGAGCAUGCCGUUGGAAUCUUGCUUGUUUUGUGUCAAAGUUGUAGGGAGAGAUACAGAGGGAUGAUUUUGAGGGAAGGGGCAAUCCCUGGUUUGCUUCAAUUGAGUGUUGAUGGCACGUUUAAGGCGAGGGAGAAGGCGAAAUCCCUGCUGCAGCUUCUGAGAGAUUGUUCUCCGGAUUGUGUUAGAAAAGAGAAACAAUCGUCCAAGAAUUAUCUCUUGGAACGUGUAAUGCGUCAGAUUGACGGAGAUGAGAGGAACGGUAUAGAACUGAGGAUUGUGGAGGAAAUGAUUGCAAAACUUAGGACCUGA